AUGAGUUCUAUAUCGUAGAAUUAAAUUGACUCUGAAAGAGUCAAAUUGAUAUUAAGUUUUUUGGAAAAGGUUCAUUUGAAUUCUCAUUAGAUAGAUUAGGUGGAGGUCAUUUCUGACAAUACAUUAAGGUUAGAUUGGUAUUAGUAUAACCAAAGAUACCAUACAAGAAAUGCAUUUUCUAAUUAUUAUCAAUUUAAUCAUGAAAAAAGUUAAAUAGGAAAUAAAAUCAAUGAUUUUCCAAUAUUAAGAAAAACAAAUAUUUCAUCAAAGUCUCCACAAAACACGUAUAAAGUAGUCAUUUAAGAUGUAGAAGACAAAGCAAAGACAAAAUAGAUUUUAGAAGUUUACUAAAACGAAGACAUCGUUUCAUAGUUAAAUCUAUCUAGCUUUCACAAAGAUAUUUUGAAUGAUGCCAGUAUAAGCUCCACAAUUUCAUGGAACAGAUUGGAGACUAAGUUCCUUUAUAUGGCUCAGGUAAACGAAAGUACAACUAAAUCUUUCUUUGAAGUAGAAAAUGAAAAAGAUUUGGCAGAUGCUUUUGAAAACUUCAAAUUUGUUCAAGAUUUUGGUGAAAACAUGGAUAACUUCAAUAAAGUGCAUUUAUUUGAGUAUGAUGUUGAAAAAAAAACUUUAAAUGAGAUAAAAAUUCCAGAUAAUAUAUUCCCUUGCUACCCUUAAUAUUUAGAUGAUAAAGGAGAGUAGAUAGUAUUAUAAGGUUAUAAAAUUCAUCCUGAAUUUAAAUAUGCUAUUUAAGUUAUAAACAGAUACAUAGAUAUCUACUAUAUCAGUAAAAUAUAAAGAAUUCAGCUCUAUCCUAAGCUUAAUAAUGAUUAAACUAAAUAAAACGAAUAGAAUGACUAAUUUGACUGUAAAGUGAUCAGUGUUGAUGAAAUAUCUUUAAAGCCUAACGUUAGUUAUGAUGGAAAAAAAAUUGCUUAUUUUGGUUCACCUUUUAAUCCAACUCAUUUUAAUUACUUUUCGUUAAAAAUUAUUAACACAGAAGAUUGGUAAAUUGAAGAAAUUUUGUUAAUAAAGAAUGAAAAUUUAGCUGAUAAAGGAGAAUUCAUGGGAGUUUGCAAUUAUUCUAAAGACUUAAAAAAUUCAUUUUGGAUUAAUGAUAACAUUCAUUAUGUAUUUUCAUCUUUAAUUGGACAUUCUACAAGUUCAUAUAUUGUCAACACAAAAACUAAAAAAAUAGCUAAAUUUAAAGAAAAUAAGAUUCUAUCUGAAGAAUUUAUCGUAUCUCACUACAAUCCUAGAUAUAAUACACUUUUUGCUUCCUAUGUAAGUAUUUAUGAACCAAAAUGCAUAGCUUAUCUAAAAAAUUUCAAUUUAAUUGGUGAUGUUGAAGAAAUCGUUCAUAAAUCUGAAUGGUAAUAUAUUUCUUUAACAAGUAAUACUUCUUCUAUUUUCUCAAAAUUGAGAAAUUUUGCUUUGAAUUUUAUUGAAGAAUAAGUUAUCUAGUCUGGAGAUGCUUAGGGUUGUUUACUUAGAGUAAAAAAAUUUAACAGAGACUAAAUCCCUUCAGAAUUAGCACAACUUUUCAACAAUAAUGAUAAAUUAAAUCCACUAAACUAUAAAGAUGAAGAUAGACCUCUCAUUGUAGAUCUUCAUGGAGGACCUCAUGCAACUUAUGGAGGAGAGUUUGCUCUUAUUAAUUUAUACUAUUUGCUUUAGGGAUAUGUUUUACUUCUUCCUAAUUUUACAGGCUCUGCAGGCUUUGGUUAGGAUUUUAUAAAUAAAUUACUUAAAAACAUAGGAAAAGUUGAUUCAAAUGAAGUAGUAGGCAUGAUAGAUAAAGUUAUCGAUAUGAAAAUCUGCAACAAAAAUAAAGUAGUGAUUAGUGGAGGCAGUUAUGGUGGAUAUUUAGCUGCUAUGAUUGCUUCUUAGCAUUCAGAAAAGUUUAAUUGCUGUGUAAUAUGCAAUGCUGUUUUAAAUUUCCCAUUCUCAUUGAAUUCAUCAGAUAUUCCAGAGUGGUCCUUAGCAGAAUGCCUUGGAACGGAAAUGAAUUGGAACUUAACAGGAGAUGACUAUAAAUUAAUGUUUGAGUAAUCUCCUAUGAGCCUUAUAAAUAAAGUGACUACUCUAAAUUUAGUAGGAGUUAAAGAUAAGAGAGUUCCUUACUAAUAAAGUAUUGCUUUUCAUGCUCAAAAUGUAUUUAAUAAAAAUAAAAUUGAGACAUAUCUAUUCAGCGAAGAGGGUCAUUCUUUGGUAGAUCAUACCCACCCUCACUUUGAAGCUUUAAUUAAACAAAUUACUUUUAUAGAAAGCAAUUUAUUACAAAAAUCUAUUUGA